UUCCACAGCCCCAAUUGCCUCUCUCUCUAUCUUUCCAACUACCCAAUUUCUUCUAGAGGAGAUUCCUAAGUCCUCUUACCUUUAUUCUUCAUGUGAUUUCUUUAAUCUUUCCUUGUUCACAUUUUUGGCUCUAUAAAUUGGCCCCUCGACUCCAUGAAGAACCUCUUCCCCUCUCGCUCCCUCUCUCUCCUUGAGAUCUCGGAGCCUGAGGUUCCGCUGCUUUUCUCAUAUCCACCUUCUCCUCGGUCCUCCUCGUCUCUCCCCUCUGUUUCUCCAUGCAAGCUCCUGCCUUUGUCGCUCAAUCUCCUUGAACGACGCCACCCGCAGAAAACCCAUGUCGUAGAAACGCCUCUCGUAUCGUCUUUCCGUCCCCCGAACCCAAAGAGAUUCCGUACUUCUGGGUUUUUGUCGUGCUUCUCCGCGGAGAAAAUGAACUUAGAUAUAUGACAUCUGUCGUGCUGUUCUCGAACGCGUGAGAGCACCUUCAUGUAUCCGGUCCUCAGCGAGAUCCUGCGUUCGGGUUAUAUGAUCAGUUCUUCUCUGAGGCGCAGGACACACUUAGUUCAGUCUUUCUCCGUUGCCUUCCUCUACUGGUUCUAUGUUUUUUCAUAAUUUAUCUGCUCUCAUCAGUUCUUCGACGUAGUAGUCGUAUACGCAUAUAGCUUUCUGAAUUAGCUAGGCAUCAUUAGGAUCUGGGUCUUGCCUGGACUUUUUCUCUACUAGUGGACUCAGAUCUUGAUAUAUUAAUAUAAUUUUGAUAGAGUUGGGUGGUGUGAAUUUCCUUUUCUUUUCUUUUUUUGUGUUUUUGCGAGUCGGGUGUAAAUAUUCGACUGUUACUAUGGCUUCCUCGAGCCGGAAUUCAAAUUCCUCCUCGGGAACUACUGCCGCUGCCGCCGCUCAGAUUCAAAACUCGAGCUCCGAAGACGAGCUGCUGCAGAUCCAGAGGAAGAGGAAGAGGAUGGAGUCGAACCGGGAGUCGGCGAAGCGGUCGCGGAUGCGGAAGCAGCAGCACUUGGACGAGCUCACGGCCGAGGUGGGUCGACUGAGGAAGGGCAACGACCAGAUCAACACGAGCAUCGCCAUCACCACCCACCACCUGCUGGCCCUCGAGGCCGAGAACUCGAUCCUGAGGGCUCAGGCUCUCGAGCUGAGCCAGAGGCUCCAGUCCCUCAACGACAUUCUCGAGUACAUCAACGCAACCAAUCUUGGGGCCUGCGAGAUCGGCGAGCUCGCGGGCGUCCGGACAGCAAGCCACGACCAUUUCCUGAACCCGUUCAGCUCGCUGGGCCAUCAUGUGAACCAACCAAUCAUAGCCGCUUCAGAAGCGUUUCAGUACUGAACGUGAAAACCUCGUCCGGACCGGAAAAUCUUCGUCCACGCGCGUUGGUGGUGCUGCUUCGGUCAAGCAUUUGAAGUUAAAGAAUAGGGUAAUAGGGUUUUGCCUUUGUCCUGGUUCUUGUCUAGGACUUUGCAUGGUCAAGUCAUGAGAGACCAAGGGGGAAAAUGGCAAGGGCAAUUAGGAAUUAUUUAGAAGGGGGGUAGUGAGUGAGUGAUGCAAUGGAUUGGAUCAGCUAUUCUGGGUGGUACUUGUGAUGUGUACUUUGGACUAUAGUUUUGUGUGUGGUUUUUUCUUUUCUUGUUUGUGGGUUAUUAAUUAAUUAUGUGAUAAUGUAUUUUAAAAGGCUUGGCUAUUAAUGAUUGGCUAUCACAAAGGGAUGGUCUACAUAUUUUAAAAAUA